CGGGCGCCCGGGGAGACCCCGCUGCGGAGCGGCCGCGACCACCGCGGAGGAAGGAGGCGGGGCCGGGUCGCGCCUCUGAGCCCCGCGCAGGGCCCAGCGGACCGGCGCUCGGCGUCCGGCCGGCCUCGCUCGCUGCCCCAGGCUCAGCCCCCGCUGCCUCUCCAGGGCGGGCGAGCGCUGACGGGCUCCCGCCCGCCGCCCGCGCCCACGGGGACGAUGCCAAGCGGCCUGGCCCCCCGCGCGCGCGGCGCCGGAGACAAAGCCCGCGCGUGAGCGGCGCCCGGCGAGCGGCGGCGGGGCUGUGCGGACGGGCGGCGUUGCCCGGGCUCCGCGGGAUCGGGGGAGCUGAAACCCCCGGGGUCGGCGGAUCGUCCCGGAGCCGGAGGGCGGUUCCAGUGCCCGCGGCCCAACGCGCGGCCCCCAGCUGGGCGGCAGGUGCGCGGCUGCUCCAGCCCGGGACCCUCCGUGGAGCGCAGAGCCUCGGUGCAGGAGCCCGGCACCAGCCCCUCUUCUGACAACGGUCAGCUGCGGCCGCCAGCAGCCUGCCCCUGCCCCCUGCCCAGGUGUGUCACCGCGCUGCCUCUCAGCAGCCGUCUGCGUCUCCUGCCCCCAGCCCGCAGAGCAGAUGGGGCCCUUGUGGAACCUCAUAAUGCCCCUCAUGAGAUUCUGUGCCCCCCAGUGGGGCAGCAGAGGAGGGGAAGUGAGCCAUCCUGGGCCGCGGGCCGGAAGAAGGCAUGUCCAACAACAGCACCGCCAGCAUCUCGCAGGCCCGCAAGGCCGUAGAGCAGCUCAAAAUGGAAGCAUGCAUGGACCGCGUCAAGGUGUCUCAGGCUGCCGCAGAUCUCCUGGCGUACUGUGAGGCCCACAUCCGGGAGGACCCUCUCAUCGUCCCUGUGCCCGCGUCGGAGAACCCGUUCCGGGAGAAGAAGUUCUUCUGCACCAUCCUCUGACUCUCUGCGAUGAGACGCCUCCUUUUCCAGAAUGUCCCGUGGGGACCCGCAUGUGCAUAGCUUUCCCUCUCUGUCCCCGCCUGUCCCUGCCCAGCCACAAUCAUGGGAGUUGGUUUCAUCCGUCCUUUGGUUUUCUUCAUUACACUAAUUUCACUUCUUCUUUUCGUUUUCAAGUUAUUUUCAUUAUUGGCAAAGAAAAUAGACAUUUCUGUAGCUAAAUAGCAAAUGUGCCAAGUAAAAAUAAGUAUGGAUUUCAGGGCUUAAGUUUUUAAACAUCAGUUCCCAAGUUUAAAUACAUCAAGUUAAUACAUUUCAGUGGAUAAUUUAUUGAAAAACUAUACCCAAGAAUCCCCACUCCCAAUAAUUCAGCAUUAAAUAAGAGCACUUUGACCAACUGAAA